UAUACACGGAGCGAAACAAGGUGAGCAGAGACAAAAAUGUCUGAUUUGCAAGACACACUGUUAAUUGGAUCAGAGGGAAUCAAGAAAACCAUCUUGCAUGGAGGAACCGGAGACAUCCCCAAAUUCAUCACUGGGGCAAAGGUGACAUUUCACUUCCGAACCCAGCUAUGUGAUGAUGACCGCACAGUGAUAGAUGACAGCAAAGCUGUGGGGACGCCAAUGGAGAUAGUGAUCGGCAACAUGUUUAAAUUGGACAUCUGGGAGACUCUGUUGUCCUCCAUGAGGAUCGGUGAAGUGGCAGAGUUCUGGUGUGACACAGUUCACACUGGCGUUUAUCCACUUGUGUCCAAGGGUAUGCGACGUAUUGCGGAGGGCAAAGACCCAGUUGACUGGCAUAUCCAUACAUGUGGUAUGGCCAACAUGUUUGCUUAUCACAGCCUUGGUUAUGACGACCUGGAUGAGCUGAUGAAGGAACCAAAGCCACUCUACUUUAUCAUGGAGCUGAUUAGGGUACAACAGCCUAGUGAAUAUAACAGGGAGUCAUGGGCUCUGAAUGAUGAGGAAAGGCUGAAGGCUGUUCCGGUGCUACAUGGACAGGGAAACAAACUCUACAAACAGGAACGCUACCAAGACGCUACUCAGAAGUAUAAGGAAGCUAUCAUCUGCAUCAAAAAUGUUCAAACCAAGGAGAAGGCCUGGGAUGUCCCAUGGCUGAAACUGGAGAAGAUGGCAAACACUUUAACGCUUAACUACUGCCAGUGUCUACUUCGCAUGGAAGAGUACUAUGAAGUCAUUGAGCACACUACGGACAUCAUCAAUCAGCAUCCAGGUAUUGUAAAAGCCUACUUCCUGCGAGGGAAAGCCCACAGGGAGGUGUGGAACGAGGCAGAAGCUCGGCAUGAUUUUAGCAGGGUGCUAGAUCUUGACCCCAGAAUGAAAAAAGCAGUCAAAAAAGAACUGGCUGUGCUUAACAUGCGCAUGGAGGAGAAGAACCAGGAGGACAGGAACAAGUAUAAAGGCAUGUUUUGAGCCUGAAGAGCAA